GGGCUCGGCGCGGCGGGGCCCGGCGCUGAGGCCGCCAGGAGCCGCGGGGCCGAUCGCCAGAACAGCCUCCGCCGCGCCGCCAGCGGCCUCUACCAGGGCGUCAGCGGCCUCUUCGGCGAGGACAACGUGAGGGCCCUGCAGAAGUUUUUCUCAAGGUUGACAGAGAGGUUUGUGAAUGGGGUGGAUGUAUUAAUGGACACAUUCUGGAGAAUAUGGACUGAUUUGUUAGAUGUUCUUGGAAUUGAUGCCUCCAACCUGACUCAUUAUUUCAGCCCAGCAGCGAUUGCCAACAACCCCACCCGCGCCCUCCUGCUGAUCGGUGCCAUUUUACUGGCCUACUGGUUUCUAUCCCUCUUCCUCGGGUUCUUCUUCUACCUGCUGCACAUGCUGUUUGGCCGCUUCUUCUGGAUCGCCAGGGUGGCGCUGUUCACGCUGUCGUGCGUGUACAUCCUGCAGAAGUACGAGGGCGACCCGGAGCACGCCGUGCUGCCCCUCUGCUUCGUCGUGGCCGUCUACUUCAUGACGGGGCCGGUGGGAUUUUACUGGAGGAGAAACAGCAACAGCAGCCUGGAGGAGAAGAUGGAUCACCUGGAUAGUCAGAUCAGACUGCUGAACAUCCGCCUUUCCAGGGUGAUCGAGAACCUGGACAGGGGCAGCGAGCAAUGAGCCGGCCCCUGCUGACCACUGUACACCAGCUCCGGGAAGUUCCUAAGCACUGUCUCACCCGAAGUUACAAAGCAACAAAACAUCACAUGGUAAAAAGUGUGCAAAGUUAUAACUUUUCAUCAUGUCUGAGACUAAUUUAUCUAGGUUAAACACGUUAGACUUCUAGGAGAAGGAAAAAAAAAAAAACAUUUACGAAAUUCAGCUGUAUAUUCCGAGUUUUAUCCAGUACUAGAGUUUUCUCAGUAGAUAAACGCUUACUUUUACAAGCAUUUAAAAACAUCUUUUGUAAAGUUUUUAUAAAAGCAAAUUGAGUAGUCUUUCAGAUAUUGAAAUUGAGUUAAACGUAUGCAAAUUUGACACUUUAACAGUUAAAAAGAAAAAAAAAAUCUCAAGCUACCAAGCACUUCCAUUGAGAAGUAACUGCUGUGGGUCCAUAUUUUUUCUUCAGAGUUGUGAAUGUUUGUGUGUUUUUGUUGGCUUAUUUCAUUGCCUUGAAGUUGCCUUUCAUAGAGUAUCAGAUGAGGAAUUUUCUGGUAUCCGGGCCAAAAGAUUCACACCAUAGCUUUUAACAGGAGGUGGGGAAUGAGGGAGAAGGAAGAUCUGAAGUCCUUAAAUGCCAGUCCAGUGUGAGGAAGUGCACGUGUGGCAUUUUACCAUUGCGUUCCAUCCUGAGAACUUUAAUUUGUUAGUGUCUGGAAGGAAAUCUGCUUUAAUAAAUUGGCACAGAAGGAAGAUGUAGUGUGACAAACUGUAAUUCAUAUUCGAUCUGCACAGUGAAGCAUUUUCCAAGCUUAAGUGCAUAGAUAAAACAUGGUUUUUAAUCUCAGGACCCACGUACUUUCUCAGAAAAGGCAGCAGUUAAAACACGUGCUAAUGUAUUGUUGCUUAAAGCUUUCUCAGGACCAAUAAGUGGCAAUAAAUUACCUUCAGGAAGAUCUGGAUUUUUUUUCUAAAAUUAUAAUAGUUUUAUAGGAGCUUUUUGCUUGAAGUCUGUGUCCUCAUUAGGUUUUGGGCAAAGCGAGUCACCUUUAAGAGGAGGGUGCAGGAAACGAUUCUCUCUCAAAGCAGUGGAGCUUUGAAGCAGUUUUCUUUUGCAGGAUUUCUGUUUGUAUUAGAACUAACGAGCUUGGUAGGGUAUCACUGGCUGUGCUGGUUUACUGAAACAAAGGUAACCUCAGGGAAGGCAGUCUGGAAUGUGGUUUCACCUGGACACUGCAGCAUCCAAGGACACGGAUGUGUGGAGGGAGGGGAAGCAUCUGCCCCGUAGUGAUGAGAUACCACGAGGGGUAGGAUGGAGCACAGCUGGGACAUUCCAUAUUCCAUAGGGUCCAAACCAACAACUCCAUCAAAAAGCGCAACAAAAUUGGUCCGUGAUGGGGCCUGGCUCCAAAGCAAGGGAAUGAGGAGGAGGAGGAGGUUCCCCAGGUGUGCCUGCCAGUGCCAGCUCCAGUGGGACAGGCUGAGCACAGCUUGUUCUUCCACUGGGCAAAGCUUUUGUUGGAUGUGAUGCUUAACUGAAUGUAACUGUGGGGCAAAGAAUUGAUUUUUCCUUUAUGCUGAAGUUUAAUGUUCUUCUUGAAAUGUGUGUGUUACUUGCCUAACCUCUUUGGGUCUGUGUGUGACAUUUCCAUGGGGGUUAUUUUUAAAUCCAUGUUAAUGGCCUUUACUCCUGGUGAUCACUUUGGUUCAACACGGUUGAAGUUCAUAUGCACUUAGCACGGUUGGAAUGCAUUUUAAUUUUUAAUGUCACCUGUAAAUCCCCCUGCACCCCAUUUAUUAACUAGUACAUGCUUUAGAGUUGUUAAAUAACUGGUUAUCACAACUUGAAAUCUUUCCUGUGAACAGAUAGGGACUAUGGCAACAUUUCAACUUUGUCAAGGUAGAAAUGUAAAUUACAGUAAAUUCCUUUUUCCAGCUCAUUUUCCAUACUGUUACAGAGUCUUCCCUGUAAACUCAGUUCUCCCCACUGUUUUGCACAGAGGACUGGGCUAAAACACCAACCUGGAAAUUUGGAAUUGACUAGUAAAGCUUGUCAGGUCUU